GUUUACUAAUACAUUUAUUCGUCUCGUUCCUUCAAGAAAAGUAAGUGAAAAAACAAUUGGCAUACUUAUCCCCUUUAAUAAAGAAGAAGGAAUCAACAAGCACCUUUGAUGAGUAUUUUUUUUAUUAGUGACUAAGACUCUCACUUGUGUUUGGUGACAAAAGACGAAAUAAAGGUGUAUAGGUGAUUUUUUUUAGAACCCACUCUCUCGGCCGCGUGACACUUGAAUGGGAUACCGUUCUAAUUUUCGAUAACUCAAGGCAUCGAUGCGAUGAAUACAUUCUCUACUCACUCAUUUAGGCUUCAUAAGAUAUUUAUUUUUUAUAUCUAGUGUUGAAAAAGGUGAAGGUCAAUGGCUGCACUUCAAAAACGGACGUCAGUGAAUCUGAGCAACUUCUCUUGUCAUGAAAAUACUGUAGAAAGUAUGGGAAAAAUGUAUAAGAGACAACACAUAAAGUGAAAAGCAAAUACGAGCAUGACACUAGGGUCUGAAGGUUUAUUGCAACACUAUAGCUAAAUCGAUAUAGUCAAAUUCUGAAAGGCCUCGUAAAAUGCAUCUGUUGAGGCUUGAAUUCUUCAUAACGAGCGAAAAGAAUCAGCUGAAAGAAAUAACUAGCAAGUAAACUUAAGGGUGAUUCGCAUCAAGUGAGCUUUUGGGCAUCCUGAAGCCUGUUUCUAAACGCUUCUAAAGCCCCUAAAAGGGCACCUGUUGAAGUUGUCGUUCUAAGGUGUCAGUUUUUAAAAGGAAUAUGUGAAUAGAAAUCCGAAAAGGAUAAAAAUACCAAUCAGUGUUUUUUAUCCCUUUCUCGCCAGUUCGCAUUUUAUAUUUCAUGAAGCAGUAUACGGAGGCGUAUCGAAUACCUCAGAUGAUAGUUCACAGCCUCAUAAGUUGCUAUGUGUCCUUUUCUCCCUUCCCGAUUGCUUUCUUUUUAUGUGUACACGCAGACAUACACAUACAAACAUAUAGAUAUUCUUGUUUUCCGUAUUUCAAUGUUGUUUCUGUUCGACAUGCCAACUAGUCUAAAAA